CGGUUGGUGGGAGAGUCAUGGUGCACUAAAAUACCUUUCCUUUUGCUACUAGUCAACUGAAUACUUCAAAUGUGAAGAAAAAAAACAUUUCUCUUUAACCACCGAACAGAUCUAAUAGAUAGUAGAUAUCCACUUGCCUUGCCCUUUCUUUUUCCCAAGAAACUUGAUCCUGUACUCAUGUCAUAGUUGCUGUUGAAGUAAUUAACCUCUUUGGAAGGUUUCAUCUUCAAUCUCUGAUGAAACAUGGCCUACUACACCUCUACCUAUUCUGGGUCUGAUUAUGGUGAGUACAAUUUCAACUCUUAUGCUGUCAAUUAUGAUUAUGCUCAAAUUCCAUCCUAUAUGACUUACACUGGCUAUGAGUACAAUCAACCAUAUUAUGGGUAUGAUCCAAAUUUAUAUUUUGCUCAUAAUUACCAUGCUCAGAGUUACCAAACCAUAGCAUACUCAGCCACCACUUUUAGUGACCCAAAAUCAAUUGUGUAUGAUCCCAAUUAUGGUAUGACUCAGCUUGUAAUCUCUUAUUCUAACUUGGAAUUCAAUGAACCUGCGUUUGAUGACUAUGACCCAACACCUUAUGGUGGUGGGUAUGACAUUGCUGAGACCUAUGGCAAACCUCUAUCACCUUCAGAUAAAAUUUGCUACCCUCGUUCUGGGUCAAGUUCAAUUAGUGAUCCCUUUGAUGCCGUUCCUGCUGGACCCAUAGUACCAUUGCCAACUGUAGAAGAGGAAAUUGAAGAGAAAACAGUGAAUGGAACUUCCGUCCAAACAAUUGAAGAAAAGCCAGAGUCACAAGAUAGUAGCAUAAAUCAGCCAAGGGAAUCUGAUGAAGGUGAAGAGAAUGAGGAAAAUCACUAUGAAGAUGACAACAAUUCUAGGUACAGUGGAGGACAGGUUGAUGAGCAUGAGAAGCAAGUGCCUCCUCAAUAUCCCAGUGGAUAUGGGUUGGAAGCUAUGGAUCUUUGUGAAAGUUUGUUUGGGUAUUGGCCUUGUUUGUCACGCAUGAAGAAGAGAGAACAUUGUUGUGAGGAAGUGACUGAUAGAGGAUACAAUUGUCAGGAGAAUAUGUGGAAAGGUACUGCAGAUUAUAUAUUUGGCAAUCCAUAUCCAUAUGGUGGAAGAGGGGAAGAUGAUUAUUCUGAUGAAUCAUGGUAA